GAGGAGGAGUGAGUGGAGGGGGGGAAACACACUGACAACUUUUCUGAAACAGACUGGUUUCCUGUAUUGCACCUUCUUCACUUUUUGCACACUCUGGUUCUGUUGAGGCGCGUUAAAAAGCUGAAAAGAACAGCUCGGGGGGGAAGAUGCAGGCCAUAAAGUGUGUCGUUGUGGGUGACGGAGCUGUGGGGAAAACAUGUUUGCUGAUCAGCUACACCACCAAUGCCUUCCCUGGAGAAUAUAUCCCCACAGUGUUCGAUAACUACUCGGCCAACGUGAUGGUGGACAGCAAGCCCGUCAACCUGGGGCUCUGGGAUACAGCCGGACAGGAGGAUUACGACAGGCUCCGGCCUCUGUCCUACCCACAGACGGAUGUGUUUCUCAUCUGCUUCUCUCUGGUGAGCCCGGCAUCGUUUGAGAACGUCAGAGCCAAGUGGUACCCAGAGGUCAGGCACCAUUGCCCCUCCACACCUAUCAUCCUGGUUGGCACCAAGCUUGAUCUGAGGGACGAGAAGGAGACCAUCGAGAAGCUGAAAGAGAAGAAACUGGCUCCAAUCACCUAUCCACAGGGUUUGGCACUGGCCAAAGAGAUAGAUUCGGUGAAGUACCUAGAGUGUUCAGCUCUUACUCAGCGGGGUCUGAAGACGGUGUUUGACGAGGCCAUCCGCGCCGUGCUCUGCCCACAGCCCACCAAAGUGAAGAAGAAGGGCUGCAUUCUGCUGUGAAAAGAAACGGAUUCUAAUGAUGGAGAAGAAGAUUCCUCUAAAGCCGAUGGAAAUUCUCUUUAAAUCCCAAUAAUGCUAAAAGAAUACUGUUUAAAGCUUUCUCACAUUGCUGAUGCAUUUGUUUACUUUUACCCUAUGAUGGUGUGUUUUUUUAUUCAAUAAACAACAGCAGUCUAUGUUAUAUAAAUAUAAAAUAAAGGUAUUUAAAUUGUAGUAUUGUCUAGCGAGCGAUAGUGCGGGGGAGUUGUUGAAGGUUAUCCAGUGGUGUGGUGUUGUAGAUGCAGAAUAAACACCAUUUUUUUUCCAUCUCCCGUUGGUACAAAAUGUGUAGGUGGAGUUCAGACUAGCCCAUUCCGUCAUGAUGCCCAGGAUAAGGCUGUUUCUGUUUAUAGAUUUCUGCAGGAUAAUAAUAAUGAAAGCCACCUGAUGCACGGUACUGUGGGAUGAUGGUUGAGCACAUAUCGUAUUGUAACUCAGGCUCUUUGGUGUGACAAUAAACAACUUUCCAAACAAAUA